AUGCAUCAGCUAAAAAAAACCCCCAGAUGCCACGCCGCCUCCUCGUCAGAUGUAGAGGCCGCCAUCACGGCCGCUCAACAGGCCUACGAAUCCGGCAUAUGGUCGCGCGCCAGCCGUCAUCAUCGCGCAGAUGUGCUUGAUAAAUGCGCCGCACUGCUCACGGACGCACUCCCACAGCUUAUCCCCCUAGAAUCGAAGCAGACAGGGCGAGUCAUGCGCGAGAUGAACGCCCAGGUCCCGUCCCUCACGAGAUGGUUCAAGUACUAUGCUUCAUUGCUUCGGGUGGAAGAGCGAUCUGUUCUUCCGACCGUGGGAAAAUUGCAUAACUUCAUCGACCGCACACCGCUGGGUGUUGUCGUUCAAAUCACACCAUUCAAUCAUCCACUUUUGAUCGCCGUGAAAAAGCUGGCACCGGCGCUUGCCGCCGGAAAUAGCGUUAUCAUCAAGCCUAGUGAGCUGACUCCCUUGACGACACUUUUACUCGCCAAAAUACUUCAUCAGGCGGGUCUUCCAGAUGGCGUCCUCAGUGUGCUACCUGGGUUGGGUGCUGUCACUGGAAAGGCCCUCGUGGAGCAUCCACUGGUGAGGAAAGUGGAUGUGACUGGCGGUACCGAGGCUGGGAGGGCGAUUGGCAAGAUCGUGGGCGGCAACCUGGCAAAGUACACCGCAGAGCUAGGUGGAAAGGCGCCGGUCAUUGUGUUUGAAAAAGCCGAUAUUGACACGGCCGUGAAUGGAAUCGUCUUCGGAAGCUUCAUUGCAAGUGGCCAGACGUGCGUGGCAGGCACCAGAAUCAUCGUGCAGAGCACGAUUGUCGACACGCUGCUGGAAAAGCUCAAAGCGAAAGUUGAAGGCAUUACCAGACGCAUGGGAGACCCGAGUAAAUUGGAGUCUUCGAUGGGACCUUUGAUCUCCGAGAGGCAGCUGGGACGGGUGGAACGUCUGGUCGAUCAAGCGCGGGAAAACCAACUCGCGAUUCCCCUCGUUGGAGCCAAACGAAUGACAGGUCACAGCAAUACCGACGGAUUUGACUUUGCUAAGGGAUAUUUCUAUGAGCCAACUGUGCUGGUGUCAACGAGCGACAACAGUAUCGUCCAAACAUCCAUAUGGAGAGAAGAAGCAUUUGGACCUGUCAUUGUUGUUGCUAAAUUCGACAGCGAAGAGGAAGCAAUUGCUUUGGCCAACGACACUGAGUUUGGGCUGGGCGCUGGGAUUUGGACCCAGGAUCUCUCUCAGGCCUUCCGGGUCUCAGAGAGAAUUGAGGCUGGAAUCACAUGGGUCAACACCCAUCACCGCAACGACCCCAGUAGUCCAUGGGGUGGCGUGACAAGCGCCAGUGGAGUUGGAAGUGAGAAUGGGAUUGAGGCUUACCAUACGUACACCACUACGAAAAGCACAAUCAUCAAUUAUGCUUCUCCGGAGGAGUCACUGGCCAGUGAUGACUGGUUUGGGGGAUCUGAAAAGAGUACUCCAAUCAAGUCCCAAGUGGCACUCCGUUGUACAGAGUAUCCAAUGGUUGUCUGUCGAUCCCACGCAGAUCCGCAAACCGGGAACGCAUGGAGAAUGCAUGAUGUCAUCGCCCUUUAUAUACUGUGCAACUCUGCUUUUGACAGCUCGACAUUUCAUUAUUUACUCAUAAUGUCUCCUUGGGGUAAUAAAGCUUCUCCCGGGGAACAUACAGCCCCGGCCCAAAAUGACCAUAUCUCUGAGAACACCGAACCAACCGAGCAGACAAGGCUGCUGCCCGAUAACGAGGGGUACCUGAGCCCAGAUGAUCCAGCAGUAUCACCGUACAAUUUAUGGAGUGUCCGGGCACUGCGCGGCGUUUCAAUCGUCGCCCUCGCGCUCAGCUUUAUAUGGUGGACUUUCCUCCUUGUCUCUAUCUUCGUUAGCCCCCCGAUGAUCCACCCGCGUGGGUCGGGAUUCUUCGCAUUCGCAUAUACGACCCUCGCGACAGGGUAUCUGGUGGCGGGACUGUUAUUCUUCGCGGUGCCAUCGAAACCGAUGACGAUCUGGGGAAUCAUCUUGGCCGUCCUGCUUCUGGUCGACAUGAUAAUUAUUCUUGCAGUCCCCCGAAUCCGACUCGAGGAGGGAUGGGUCGGUAUUGCCUCUGUUGUCUGGGUGACACUCAUCUCCUCUUACCAGGUUGUACAGAAUCGAGCCGUGGCCUGGGGAAAACGGGAGGAGGAAGAGCGAUUGACUGGUCGGGAGGAAACGAGAAGGUCAUUGAUUGAGUGGGUCGUGGUACUCGCCGAAACGAUCCUGCUUGCAUUCAUGGCGAUUGCAGCGGUGUUGUUCACGGCUACACUUAUCCUACGGGCUUUCGAUGUUGGACUCGAGGCUCCUGGCCAGAGGUAUCUCGUCCACGGGGACGCUUAUCAGGUUCAUCUCGCAUGCUUCGGAAACAAGACUGCCGGGGACUCUGAGGUCCCGACAAUCCUCCUCGAAGGCGGCAAUGGACCCGUCGAGCACACCUUGCAGCCUUUCAUAGACGAUGUUUAUCAGCGGGGGUCCAUCGGCCGAUACUGCUACUGGGAUCGGCCAGGUUUCGGAUGGUCCGACAAUGCCCCCUCGCCUCAUUCAGCAGGCAUGUCGGCAGAUGUGUUGGCCGAGGCUUUGGCACUCGCAGGCGAGACUGGCCCCUGGAUAGUCGUUUCCGCAGGCGUGGGAAGUCUCUACUCCAGACUCUUUGCCAGUCGCAACCUUCUAGAGGUUCGAGGCAUCUUCAUGAUCGACCCGCUUCACGAGGAAUACUUGGGAAAUAUUGGACGACCGGGUCGUGGUUUCCUGCUGUGGCUCCGUGGUGUUGUCUCCCCGCUGGGCCUGGAUAGAUUGGCGGGUGCCAUUCUACGAGGCCGCUCUCGCGAAGAUCGGGUGAUGGGUCGCUCGGCCUACCAGUCUGGGAAGUACAUCAAAGCCAAGUUGCAGGAAAGCCUGGUCGCUGUGACAAUGACUGCCGCGGAGAUUCAAUCUGCUCGUCAUGUUCAAAUGGGCCAUGCUCCGGUCGUUGUUGUUAGUUCUGGUGAGGAAGUUCGAAAGAGUUCCCUCUGGGAAGAAAGGCAAGAAGACCUAUCCCACAUCACUGACAAUCUUCUUGCUUGGGAUGUGGCAGAGGAUGCACCGCAUGAGGUGUGGACAACAGGCCAAGGGCGAGAACUUCUUGAACGACGAUUGAAGGAGUUGGUGCAACAAAGCCAGACGUAA